UUUGUCUCAUCUCACCAAUUCAACCACUACCAGGUGAAACAAUGGCAAUGGCAACACCGCUCACUGUCUCCUCCUCUCUCUUCUCUGCUCCUCGCAAACGCCGCCUGGAAGUAGUUAAGGCUACGGGGAAUACGUACGGGACUCACUUCCGUGUGACAACGUUUGGGGAAUCUCAUGGGCCGGGCAUUGGUUGUGUUAUUGAUGGCUGUCCUCCUAGGCUGCCCCUCACACAAGCUGAUGUUCAGCUACAUCUCAAUAGAAGGAAACCAGGCCAAAACCAGAUUACAACCCCUAGGCAAGAGCAGGAUACAUGCCAAAUUUCAUCAGGCGUUGUUGAUGGGCUUACCACUGGGACUCCAAUCAAGAUUGAGAUUCACAACCAAAAUCCAAGAAAAGAUGACUACCAUGAAUUGUCCAUGGCCUAUAGGCCUUCUCAUGCAGAUGCAACCUACGAUUUCAAAUAUGGAGUGAGGUCCAUACAGGGUGGUGGUAGGGCUUCUGCGAGAGAAACCAUUGGGAGGGUAGCUGCCGGAGCUGUUGCCAAGAAAAUCCUAAAACAAAUUGCAGCAACUGAGAUUCUUGCUUAUACUUCUCAAGUUCACACGGUAGUACUUCCUGAUAGCUUGGUUGAUCUUGAAGCUCUCACACUUCCUCAGAUAGAGAGUAAUAUUGUUGGGUGCCCGAAUCAUGAGUAUGCAGAAAAGAUGAUAGCUGCCAUUAAUGGCGUCCGAGAGAAAGGGGAUUCUGCAGGAGGCGUGGUUACCUGCAUUGUCAAGAAUGUUCCUCGGGGUCUUGGUUCGCCAGUAUUUGAUAAACUUGAAGCAGAGCUGGCAAAAGCUGUAAUGUCCAUUCCAGCAAGUAUUGGUGUUGAGUUUGGCAGUGGCUUUGCAGGAACACUGAUGACUGGUAGUGAGCACAACGACGAGUUCUAUGUGGAUGAGCAUGGAAGAAUAAGAACAAGAAGCAAUAGAUCUGGUGGAAUUCAGGGUGGAAUAUCGAAUGGAGAAAUCAUUCAUAUGAGAAUCGCCUUCAAGCCAACACCUACUAUCAAUAAGAAGCAGAUGACAGUGACUAGGGACAAACGUGAGACAGAGAUUACAUUUCCUGGUAGACAAGAGGCAUGUGUCGCUCCCAGAGCUAUUCCGGUGGUGGAAGCCAUGGUAGCACUAGUGCUGGUUGAUCAAGUGAUGGCCCAAUAUUCACAGUGCAUGCUCUUCCCUCUCAACCCAUCUCUGCAACAAUCCUUUGCCCCUGCCCCUGCCCCUGCUCUACACCAAUCCUAUUCUCAUUAGUCUCAGUAUGGUAGGGGUUUAAAGGUGUCUGCUACAGUUAAGACAUGUUUAUGACACCUCAGACAAACAAAAAAAAAACUUGUAAUACUGAGUUGAUGCGCGCGGUUUCUAAACUUGUGUAAUGGCUUAGUAAUUUUAUUCCUUAUUUAUUGCUCCAA